AUGACAUCCCACCACGGCCAUCAAUCGUCCUUUGAGGGCAUCAUUCAUUUUUCCUCGAGGCUGCCGCUGGAAGAAAACAAGCGUGCUCGAGCGAAACGCAAGUUCUAUCACAUCAUCAACCACUUUGAAGCUACGAGUACGAAGGGGAGCAUCAACCCAAGUGACGAGUACAACCGCCCGAAGCUCAUCCGCCUCAUUUACGAAUAUGCACGCUCGGCGGAAUCUCAAGAUAUUUUUCUGCAGGCCUUUGCGCAGGCACUAGAGCUUUCCAUGGACCAUGAAGAUGAUGUAGAUUUUGGCAGUGGCCAACUAGAGGAGCCCCUUGGCUCGGCUUUGUACCGUUUUGCAGACCAUCUCUUCGACCACUUCUUCUUACCCUUACGAGCUUCUACCAAGAAGACGCCUCAGCCUUCCCCGGCGUACCAUUCUGCAAUACAGCAAGCGCAAGGAGGAGGGGUCCAAGACUUUGUCGGAACGCCAGGCCGGUUGUCAGAGCUUCGGGGUGACUGCCUCAUCCGCGGCCGCAAUCGUUGCGUAAUCAGCCGCCGCUUUGACGUAACGGAAGCAACAAGGCGUAUUAGAAGGAACCGCGACGAUGCGGCAGAUGAUGAUGGGAAUAAGCUUGGAGACGAAUCCCACUUCGAGGAUCUAGAACAUCCUUUGAAAAAAGCCGCGCUCGGUAUCCUCAAUAUGUUCGACAAUGGUGUAAUCCACUUAAUUGAAGGUGACGAUAUCGACCGGCCGCGGAACGCUCUCACGCUGACCCAUAAUCUCCACCUCCUUUUUGGUAACUUUGAGGUUUUCUUCCAGCCUUUAUCCGACGCAGAGCCACACACCUACCAAAUCCACUCCUUUCUCCCUCCUCCUAUCGUCCGAGGUCUACUUCCCGUCACGCGCACGCUCUUCCUCACCGAGAACCGGACCAUUGAACCCCCUUCGCGGCGACUUCUCGAACUCCACUGUGCUAUCGCUCACAUCCUUCACCUUUCUGCUGCUGGAGCUUAUAUUGAUAAGCUGCUAGAUAUAUGGAGAAGAAGGGCAUAUCGGCAGAUGGGUCGACCGAAUUGGGUCGCCUUGUGA